UUUUUUUAUCAAAGUCGGAAAAUCCCCAAUCCCUUCCUUUUCUCCCGAGUCCUCUCGCCUGCCGCACUCCGAUCUCCGUUGAAGUCGCCGUCGGAGCUCGAUCCUUCCUGAAGUUCCCAGUUACUCUCUAGAAUACGGGACAAAGCGCUGGCGAUGCCACGCUACCGGGACGAUCUCCCCGCUGUCCGUGCGUAUACCGUCUGCGACGAAUCCAGAUAUUUGAUUGUGAGGAACGUGCCGGCAUUAGGAUGUGGCGACGAGCUGUCCAAGUUGUUUGGCACGUUUGGGGAGAUAGAUGAGUGCAAACCCAUGGAUGCAGAAGAUUGUGAACCUUUCACUGAUGUUUAUUGGAUAAAAUUCUCACAGGUUAGCAAUGCGAGGUUCGCAAAGCGGAAACUGGAUGACUCCAUUUUUCUAGGUAACCCUUUGCAGGUGUCAUAUGCACCUCAGUACGAGUCUCUUUUGGAAGUUAUGGAGAAACUGGAGGGCAGGAGGAAGGAAGUCCUUGGCCGAAUAGGAUCUGCAGCUGGAAGAAAUGGUGGAUCAAAGUCUCAAGUACUAAACAACCCUAGCAGUAUUGGAACUUCCAACCAUCAUUGGCUUGAUCCGGCUUCAUCAGCAUCAAAUAAGUCAGAGUUUCAAGCGAGGCAGAGUGAGUAUGCUAAAGAAGGGUGGAAUUGUCAUCUUGGAGAGGCUCCUCCCAGCCAUGUCUCCUCUAACAAGGAAUAUUUUGCCGCGCCAUCUAUGAACCGGACAGUCAGACUAGUCAGAGAGAAGCUCGAUAAGAUACGAUCGAACACCGAGAUUGCUGAAACAGCAUCCUCCUCACCGAAAAGAAUAAAAGUAGACAACCGAAGAAGAAUAUGAUGUUCCCAAUGCCAAGUAUCGAGAUGGUUAACUCGUAGUAGCAACAAUAGAAGAAUAGGAUCCUGAUGUGUAUAGAGAAUUUAAAAUGCAACCAUAAGUAUCAUGUUUGUAUGUAUCAAAUAUGAUAUAAACGAAAAUUAAAUCAUUGAGAUGAUCCUACUUUUAUAGUGUUUUCCAUGUUUGGACAAUAUUGUGCUAAUUUCUUAGGAAAGUAAAAGAAGAACUAAUGCUGAAAA